AUGUUGGAAUUGACGAAUGGUUCCUCGUCUCCCAUGCUGAGAGAAUUCUGUGGUAGUGAAGCUAAGCCCAGCGACCAGGGGAAGCAUAUGAGAAGGCAUACAGUAGAGACCCUCCAUAAAAGUAAAGAAGGAAAUGAAAAGAAAAGUAAAGAAGAUAAACAGUGUGGAAAACCUUUGAUCCAGAUUGCAAAUCUUACCAGGCACAAAAGAAUUCUUGCUAGAAUAUAUUCUGACUGCCGCGAGCGUGGAGAAGCCUCCGUGGAUUAUUCAUCAUUUAAUCAACACAUUGUUUCUCUCACUGGUUGCAAUACCUGUCAGUGUAAAGAAUGUGGAAUAGAAUGCAGUUGUUCCUCUUACCUUAGAACUCAUGCAAAAACUCUUACUGGAGAGAAACUUUAUAAACAUAAGGACUGUGGUGGGGUCUGUAGUUGUUCCUCCUCCCUCAUCACACAUAGAGGAACUCACAAGACAGAGACGCCAUGUAAAUGUCAGAGAUCUGGGGAAGUCAUUGGUGAUGCCUCAGCUAUAAUUGAACAUAAAAACACUCAAAGUGGGAAUGAAUUUGGUAGCUCCUCAUUUGUCAGUAAACAUUUAAGAAUUUACAGUAGAGAGAGGCCUAAUGAAUAUAAAGAAUGUGGGAAAGCCUUUACUUGUUCCUCAUUCCUUGCAAAACAUAAAGAAACUGUCAGUGGACAGAGGCCUUAUCAAUGUAAGGAAUAUGAGAAAGCAUUUACUGUAUCCUCAAGCCUUAUUGAACAUAGAAGAACUCGCAGUGGAGAAAAACCUUAUGAAAGUAAGGAAUGUGGGAAGUUGUUUUGUGAUACCUCACCCCUCAAUAGACAUAUAAGAACUCACAGAGGAGAGAGGCCUUAUGAGUGUAAAGAAUGUCAGAAAGCUUUUAGUCAGGUCUCAGACUUCACUAUCCAUGUAAGAACCCACAGAAAAGAGAGGACUUAUAAAUGUAAAGAAUGCCAGAAAACCUUUACUUGUUCCUCAUCCCUUCGGAAACAUAAAAAAACUCACAGUGAACAGAGGCCUUACCAAUGUAAGGAAUGUGGGAAAGUGUUUUCUUAUUCCUCAUCCUUCACUACACAUAUGAGAAGUCACAGUGGAGAGAAGCCUUAUGAAUGUAAGGAAUGCGGGAAAGCCUUUACUAUUUCCUCAAACCUCACUACACACAUAAGAACUCACAGUGGAGAGAAGCCUUAUGAAUGUAAGGNAUGCGGGAAAGCCUUUACUAUUUCCUCAAACCUCACUACACACAUAAGAACUCACAGUGGAGAGAAGCCUUAUGAAUGUAAGGAAUGCGGAAAAGCAUUUUCUUACUCCUCAUCCUUCACUAAACAUAUGAGAAGACACAGUGGAGAGAAGCCUUAUGAAUGUCAAGAGUGUGGCAAAUCGUUUUGUGAUAUCUCACCCCUCAAUAGACAUAUAAGAGCUCACAGAGGAGAGAGGCCUUAUGAGUGCAAAGAAUGUCAGAAAGCCUUUAGUCAGUCUUCAGGCCUCAUCAGCCAUAUAAGAACUCACAGAGGAGAGAGACCUUUUGAAUGUAAAGAAUGCCAGAAAACCUUCAGUUGGCCCUCAGCCCUCACUAGGCAUUUAAGAAUUCACAGUGGAGAGAGGCCUUAUUAUGAAUGUUAG